AUGCACCCACUGUGCCCGAAUAUCAGGUGUAAAAUCGACAUGGCGGACAGCGAAUUUGAAGAAUUUCGCCGAGUAUUUGACAAAUUACCCCAACAUAUAAAGGCUCCUACGCCUUUUUACUCAUUAGUGCCAAAUGUGGGUCUUGAAGAUGAUUCACCAUCAUCAAAAAGUGAGGGUACGCCUGAUGAAGAAGUUGGUGAAAUUGAAACGGGGAACGCAGCGCAAGCAGAGACAUCACCUGUAAACCAAGCAGAAGUGAGUGACGCACAACGGAGUCCACUUCACCAAACAUUUGCAAAUGGUGAAAGAAGACGACGAAAAUUGCCAGAAAUACCUAAAAACAGAAAAUCGGCGGUAGUUCCAUCCAAUCAGCCUACAUCUUUGGCUGAUGAGUUGGGAGCUCUAACUGGUGUUCUUAUCCGGCCAGGCUGCCAAAGACCAUUGCUAGUCCUCAAAUGCGGCUAUCUUCUAGACGAAGAUUCCAGCCCUGAUUCAGAAAGACUGCAGAGUCUUGGAGAUGUUGACAGUGGACAUAGUACUGCGCACUCUCCUAUUGACACUGGCCCAAAAAGUUUAUCACCAACACCGUUGCAACAAAAUGUCUCGCCCUCGUCAAGUUGCAGUAUUAGUGGUAUUAACUUUUCUGGGAACAUGACAACUGUUCCUCAUAAUCAACUGGAAAUGUUAGAAGCAACGCACAGAGGCUUACACAAGUUCAAUCCAAGGCAUCAUGAUGAAAUAGAAGUUGAAAUCGGUGACCCAAUAUACGUUCAGAAAGAAGCUGAUGACUUAUGGUGUGAAGGGGUCAAUUUACGAACCGGUCAACAAGGUAUUUUUCCAUCAGCUUAUGCUGUAGAUAUGGAUUAUAAUGAUUUCGAUCCUGCAAAUGCCAAAGUAAAAAGGGAACGAUAUUUACUAGGAUAUAUGGGCUCAGUUGAAACAUUAGCACACAAAGGUACAGGCGUAGUUUGCCAAGCAGUAAAGAAAAUUGUGGGAGAAUGCAACGGUGAUCCAGGAACUCAACCAUGUAUUCUGGAAGUGUCAGACCAAGGACUCCGAAUGGUUGACAGAUCAAAACCUGACCGGAGUCGAAGCGGUCCAUGCAUCGAUUACUUCUAUUCUCUGAAGAACGUAUCAUUCUGCGCAUUUCAUCCCCGCGACCACCGAUACUUAGGAUUUAUUACUAAACACCCGACUUUGCAAAGAUUUGCUUGUCAUGUGUUUAGAGGCCAAGAAUCUACAAGGCCUGUUGCAGAAGCUGUCGGGAGGGCCUUUCAAAGAUUUUACCAAAAAUUCAUUGAAACGGCGUAUCCCAUCGAGGACAUCUACAUAGAA